AAAUAGUAAACACCAUCUGUUCUCUUACAUUUUUUAUCGGAAAGUUCAUAUUAAAUGCUCAGUUAUUCCCUAGAAACUUAAGCUGUGUCAAAAGAUGUAGUAAAACCCUCAACCUUCAUAUGUAGCCCAAUUAAUUGAAUCCGUUUGGAUGGGAGGUAAUCCUGAUGUGGUUGUGCUCAAUAAUGUUACAUAUCAUUUAUCGGAACUUUCUGCCGAAGAGAAAUUUCGGUUUGUCUUCUGUUCUACAAGUUACUUAAGAUUUUUAGGAUAGAACACUUGAAGUACCAUGAAGAUCACAAGGGUCAUGAAAAAAUGCACCUCGAGAUGUUUUUGGUUGCAUUUGUUAGUUUACUUUUCUGCCAAUUAGUGCUUAUGUUUUGGAAAAAGCGGCACUUCCGCUCGUACCAGCUUGUAACUUUGAUUGCUAUGUGGUUGGUACCGUUUAUAUACAGCGUGCUAGCAGAGUUCCCAAGAUUCAUUUUUGUCUGGGUUUUGUUUUCAUUAACCACUGGAGUUAUGGUUUACUUAGCCUCUAAGAGACGCAUAAGUACAACUACACCAAGACGAGUUUAUCGGUGGUUCUUAUUUGUUCAUACAGUUUCCUAUAUACUUGGAGUUGGUGGCUAUGUUCUUUUAGUGUUAACAUUUUUCCAAGUCAAUCUGCUAUUCCUUCUGCCUACAAAGGCUUCAGUGGAUUUAUCUUUAUUGGCAUUGUUUUACGGUCUUUAUUAUGGAGUUAUUGCACGAGAUUUUGCUGAAGUUUGCACAAAUAAACUGGCUGCACAAAUAUCAUAUCAAAUUCCUCAAGGUAUGCCAGUUCGUCGAAUUGAUCCAUCAGUAUGUUCAAUAUGUAAAAGUGAUUUAACAGCAGAUAGUAAUGAAAAAGUCCAUCGACUCAAUUGUACUCAUGUCUUUCAUGACUUUUGUAUUCGAGGUUGGUGCAUUAUUGGAAAGAAAGAUACUUGUCCGUAUUGCAAUGAAAAAGUCGACUUGAAACAGACAUUUACAAAUCCAUGGGAUAAACCACAUUUACUAUACGGAAAUCUCUUAGAUUGGGUACGGUAUUUGGUCGCAUGGCAACCUGUGAUUCUGGGUGUAGUUCACGUGCUUAACUCUAUUUUAGGUCUACAAUAAGCAGUAUCAAUUCUUACACAAUUCGUGAUCUCAGAUGUUCUUCCUUCUUACAAUUGAGACUUGUAAAUCAUGUUUUUGUUGUGUGAAUAGAAUAUGAAAUAAAAGUUUUUUUCUUAA